GGGGAGGGAGGAAAACCAGCCGGAAGUUUACUGUUUUUAAAACGGAAGUAGCAAUCACGUGAUACAAACAUUAGCCAAAAUGGCAGACACGGAUUCGGGCCAAGUCGAAGAGACGGAGAAAGAUGAGGAAGGAGGCAAAGAGGAAGAAGAGUCUGAAGAAGAAGCUGAGCCCAAGUUAAAAUAUGAACGCUUGGUUAAUGAUUUAACUAAGAUUCUCAACAAAGAUGCUGCAAGUUGUAUGGCAGUUCACUCCAAAUUCUUGGCUCUUGGCACUCAUAAUGGUGCAAUCCACAUAUUAGAUCAUGCCGGAUACAACAUCAAAGACAUACAGGCGCACAAUAACACUGUAAACCAAAUCAGUAUUGAUGAUAGUGGGGACUACAUUGCCAGCUGUUCUGAUGAUGGACAUAUCAUUAUCACUGGUUUAUAUUCAAGUGAAAAUGACCAAUCAAAGAAUUUUGACCGACCAAUCAAAGCAAUUGCUCUUGAUCCCCAGUUUUCAAAGCCAGGAAGUGGCAAACACUACAUUAGUGGUGAUGAUAAGCUUGUUCUUGGAGAAAAGAAUUUCCUUGGUCGCUACAAGAACUACGUUUUACAUAAGGGAGAAGGUCCAAUCCGAAACAUUAAAUGGAAAUCUUUUCUCAUAGCCUGGGCCAAUGAUAAGGGUGUGAAAAUCUAUGACAUGAGUCUAGAGUGCCGCAUAACCAACAUUCCAAAAGAUCAUAGUAAUCGACCUGACCUCUAUCAGUGUAACCUCUGCUGGAAAGAUGACCGAACCUUGCUGGUUGGCUGGGCAGACUUAAUUAAAAUCUGUGUGGUUCGUGAUAAAACAUCUGAUGUUGAUGCAAAUAUGCCUGAACGCUUUGUGGAAAUCACCCACAUGUUCACUACCACACCAGAAUCUAACUGCUACAUAUGUGGAAUAGCACCACUGGAAAACAAUCUGGUUGUCUUCACCUAUGACAAAGAAGGCCAACAUAUCGAGGGUGGUAAGUUCAAAGCUGACCGACCCCACCUUCAGAUAUGGGAACCAGAGGAAAAUUACUAUGAGGAGAUAUCUGAUGAUGCUUUAUCCUUCCGAGGAUUCGAAGAAUACAGAUGUUUUGACUAUCAUCUUGAGUGUGUUGUUGAAGAAAGUCUUUACUUCCUCAUUAGCCCUAAGGACGUUGUUGUGGCCAAACUGAGAGAUCAAGACGACCACAUUACCUGGUUAUUGGAGCACGAACGUUAUGAGGAUGCAAUGGAAUCUGCUAUGGCUCACAGUAGAGAACUGAAAAAACAUAAUGUCCAGGAACUCGGAAAGCAAUACUUAGAUCAUCUCCUCGAGGCUGCUGAAUAUGAAGAAGCAGCCCAACUGUGUGUCCGAAUAUUGGGACGUAAGAAAGAACUUUGGGAGUCCACGUUUGAAAAGUUCAAUGAUAUUGGUCAACUUAAGAUCUUGGCCCCCCACCUUCCCUGUGGUGAUCCUUUACUCAGCCCACAUAUCUAUGAAGUAGUCCUUAAUGAAUUCUUGAGAACAGAUCAUGAGGGUUUCCUUCAUCUGAUUCGGUCGUGGCCACACAACCUCUACAACAUGCAAGUUAUCAUCAACAUACUCCUAAAUGAACAUGAGAAAGAUAAGAACAACCUUACACUACUGGAGUGUUUAGGAGAGCUAUACAUAUUCCAGAAACGAUAUGACAAAGCUUUGACUAUUUAUCUCCAGAUGAAACACAAGGAUGUUUUUAACUUAAUCAACAAACACAACUUGUUUGAUUCAAUAACCGACCGUAUUGUACAGUUGAUGGAGUUUGAUUCAGAGAAAGCUGUGAUACUGCUGCUUGAUAACAUUGAAAAGAUACCGAUCAAAAAGGUUGUUCAGCAACUUGAACCAACCCCAGAGCUGUUGCAUCGUUACCUUGACAAAUUGUUCCAAAAGGAUCCUCACUUGGGCCAGGAAUACCAUGCAAUGCAAAUAAAAUUAUAUGCAGAGUACGACAGAGAGAAGUUGCUGCCUUUACUCAAGAACAGCACACACUGCCCUCUGCAGGCAGCCCUUGAGGAAUGUCGUAUUCGGAACUUCUUACCAGAACAAGUCUUCCUUCUGAAUAAAAUGGGUGACACAAAAGGGGCAUUACAUGUGAUAAUGGAGCUGCAGAACAAUGUCCAGAAAGCCAUAGAUUUCUGUAAAGAACACAAUGACAAGGAACUGUGGGAUGACUUGAUAACUUUCUCCAUCAACAAACCAGGAUUCAUCACAGGCCUUCUACAGAACAUAGGAACCCAUGUUGAUCCUAUUAUCCUAAUCAAACGGAUACAGAAUGGUAUGCAGAUCCCAAAACUGCGAGAUUCACUCGUCAAGAUCUUGCAGGAUUACCAGAUUCAGAUUGCCCUGCUGGAAGGUUGUCAGAAGAUCCUUGUCAAAGACAGUUAUAGUUUACUGACAAAACAAAUCAAGACUCGACAGCGAGGAUAUAUGAUUGAUUGUUCUGUUUCAGACGGGCAAAAAUGUGGUAUCUGUGAGAAACCUGUAAUUGAAAAUGAUCAAAGAUGUGCUCAAGACUUGUACAUUUUCUUCUGCCGCCACUCUUUCCACCGUGACUGUAUGGAGGGAAAUGGAUCGAUCUCUUGUUUUAUAUGUAAUUCAGGGUCAGGCUAAAAACAACAGCUGUAUCCCAAAAAAUAAACAAGAAUAGACCAAAAGGUUGAGGAUCAAGGUCAGCAACAACCGCAACGUCAACAACAACAACAACAACUAACGCAUAGAGUCAUACAGUUCAACAAAAUGUCUAAUUCUGCUGUUAGAGGUAAAUGUUAAACAACAAUGUAUUGUCUGCCUAGUGACUGGACUGAUUAUCUACUCAUGCUGUAUUCACAUGUAAACAACGUUCUGUUUUGGAGAGGCCAAAGAAGUGGAUGGGUCAGAAAAGGAGAUUUUUAAAAAAUGGGUAGGAGACAUUGUGAUAUCUUCAGUGUUGUUGGGUUUGACACAAUACACCCAUUGUUGACCCUUGUGAUACUUCAAUAAUGGGAUGGGGUUUACAUAACACAUUCUUGUUAACCCUAAAAAUCAAGGUUGUCUUAUUGACCUACCAGUAAGAUUAUGCGAAGCUGACUUAAUACUGCGCUUUUGACUAGUUUACUCCACAUCAUUCCUGCUGCUUAUACUGUCGUCCAGUAAUGAUUCCUGUAUAUAUGUAUACACAUACAUACAGGGUGUCCACAAAGUCUGGGUACAUGGGGAUUAACAUACUUUAAGAAAUUAUUAUUUCUUAUAUUUGUUUGUUAUGAUUUUAUUUACUCCAUGUACCCACAUGGGGAAUAACACAUACUUUAACAAAUUGUUAUUUCUUAUAUUUAAUUGUUUAUGUUAUGAUUUUAUUUACUCCAUGUACCCAGACUUUGUGGAUACCCUGUAUAUAUAAAUAUAUCAAGCCACUAAAAGACGUUCUGUUAACCCAUGUGAUUCCUCUAAUGUUUAUCACAGCAAAUCUCUGCAUGAUUACUAUAUAUAUAUAUCAGGCCUCUAAAACACCUCUCCAUUAACCCAAGUGGUCCCUCUAUGUUUAUACAUUUGGCCAGUAUGAUCCCUAUAUACUACACAAUCCCUAAAAUAAUUCGCUGGUGACCCAUACAAUCCUUCGAAAGUCAGCUUGCUACUAAUAUUGCCCAUGGAUAGUCUUAAUGAGAUUUUACCUACCAUUCAUCGAACUGCUCUGACAGUUUUUAAGGGGUUUUUUUUUUUUUUUUUAAUGAACACAAUCCCAUCCACUCCUUAUCAAAAUAUGAAUUCCACCCUACAACCAAACAUAACGAAACUAAAUUUCUUAUUCUUCUUUCAUUAGAAAAAAAUCUUUAACACUCUCGCCCCUCUAUAUACCUGUUGAUUAAAAGUUCAAAUUGUUAAAAUUUCUGAAAUUCAAGCUAGAAAUUUAAACAAUAAAAAUUUUCAAGAAAAUGCAUUUUCCAAACAUU